AUGGAAGACACUUUGACCGACAAGCUCAUCUCAAUUCUCAAGGAUCGAAAUAUCUCAGCCAAGCGGGGGGUGAUUGACUCAAUAUUUGAGGAUGACAGAAAUGUGAAAUGGGCGUCCAAGCAUCUGCGCCCUGACACGCUGCUAUCAAAAGAUGAGCUCGCAUACCUGAAGCUCGAAAACUCCGGCGCUCUUCAACUUGUUCUCAGCAACUCAGACCUCGGCGCAACACGGCCUAUCCUGGAAGAUGAACUCCGCAACGCGAUCGAGUCUCUCGAAGCCUCAACAGCAACAAUUCAGAAACAGACUGAGGCUCUGAAGUUCCAAUGUGCAAGCCUCAAUACGAAACUGAGUCUGGAAAAUAAUGUAGAGCAGCUGCGGAGCCGAGAUCUUGCUCGGCUGCAAAAGAAACACGAAGCGGGGAGGCAAAAUACUACAAUGGCGGCAAUUGAACUUGCGGAUGAGUUGGAGGCCGAUUUCAAAACCGCGACGGAUAAGUCGGGCGCGGAAAGCAAGAGAAUACUCGCUUCCCUGUCUACCCGAUUAAAGCGGGACGACAAGGCGCUCGCGAGUCUGGAAACGCUUAUUUCCAGUAUCAAGUAUCGUGGGAAUGAUGCAUCUACGAUUAAGCGCACGAACCAUCUCAGUGCGAUGCUGUCAGACUAUGUGGCGGAGGAAAUACACUACCGUCUCGAUCGACUAUAUCUGGAAACCAUUCACGCAGGCGGUUCAAAUCCCGAUGUCAUGGAUGGGACAGCGAGCACUGCCCUGGAGGAAGAACUCGAAUCUUUGCAUCCGGAGAUCGAAAUCUUAGCAGAAAUGUCGACCAGGCAGCAGUUCCAUGAGCCUAUCCUCCGUGAACUCCAGAACGAGCAUGAUCAGCUGCGAGUGGCGGCGCAGGAGAAAUUGGAACAGACACUCGACAUGUUGAUCGAGAUGACUUUGUCAACGCAAGAUCUCACAAACCAACUCGGGGUCCGGGAAUCGUCCUCGGAACUAUUAGAACAGCUAGCCGCGUUAUAUCAAUCUGAGGUAGGCAAUGAACUUGUUACACAGUCAUCAUCCCGACGAGAGUCUCUGCGACGCCGAUCGUUACAGCCAGGCCUCCUUCUUGCCACCCGGACGCCCACUGCGCCCGUAGUUGCCCAGCCCUCACUUGAAAGACUUCUGAGGCGUUUUGGUGUGCCACCGGAAUCAAUCCUCCACCCGCGCGAGAAUGGAGGGGUUGGUGACCUCCAUGAGAAGCGAUUUCAUAUUUCCGAAACACUUCACGGUCUCAAUAUAGCGGUGGACGCUCCUCUGGUGACUUAUCUGACACCGUUAGAUAAUGCAUCCCAGCUUCUUCGUUGCUCGUUACACGCCAACUCUCACUAUGAAACAUCACUGCGCGAUCCUUCAGAGGAAUCAGCGCUCUCAGGCCUCGAGAAAGAACUUGCGAGUCUUCAAGACGGGGCCCAGAAGCUCAAUUUGGAUGUCCUCCACCAGCGUGAUAGCAACCAGGAUAGAUUAAUUGAAAGGUGGACCUAG